AUGAGCCAUACAGCAUCACCUAUCACGCAAGUUAGUCCGGAGCAUGGAGAACAGAGUGUAAUAGCACAAAUGCCCGAAGAUAAACCAAAGGUUUCCCAAAAAGCCGAAGAUGCGGCCCAACAUAAAAAUGUCUCAAUUAGCUCGACGAGUGAUACGUCGACAACUUUGGCGCCAAAUCCAGGACAUACUACCGUAUCAGAGCCAAAAUCGGAAGUAGCAUCAAAGGUCACGCAGCGAACACACAGAUCACUUUUCUCCCUGUUUUUCUGUUGUGCAUGGAGUAAUAGCGCUACAGUUGAUAGUGGGACUGUGAUUGCAAUAGACACAGUCAAUACGGGCACUCCUCCGGAUACCAUAGGCACAAGACAUCCACCAACCAUACCCGAGAAGGAUGAAGAAAAAGCAUUGGAGCCAAAAAGGCUGCUUAAUCCAAUAAGUCCGGAACAUACAGGGCGUAAAUGUUUGGUUUUGGAUUUAGACGAAACAUUACAAAUUCUUCAUGCCGAUUUUGUCGUGCCUGUUGACAUUGAAAAUCAAAUUCAUAACGUCUAUGUAAUAAAACGACCAGGUGUUGAUCAUUUUCUAAGAAAGAUGGGAGAAAUUUAUGAAAUUGUAGUGUUUACUGCAAGUUUAUCGAAGUACGCCGAUCCGGUACUUGAUAUGCUAGAUCAAAGUCGUGUAGUAAAGCAUCGACUAUUUAGAGAGUCAUGUUUUAAUCACAGAGGAAAUUAUGUAAAGGAUCUGUCACAACUCGGACGAGAUUUAAGAGACACGAUUAUAAUUGACAACUCACCUGCUAGUUAUAUCUUCCAUCCUACAAAUGCUGUACCCAUAUCUUCAUGGUUUAAUGAUCCACACGAUACAGAAUUAUUAGAUCUCAUACCGUUCCUAGAAAAACUGACAACAGUGGAUGACGUAACAAUGGUUCUGGAUUGUUCCAUUGAGGCUCAAUAG